AUGUCUACCGUUCUCAACAGCCACGCUUCUUAUAUCAAUACAACCCAAAGUGAAGAUUACGCGACUCCUUUCACCCAAGAUCACUACUCAUACUCGAAAAUAAUGGCUCAACACACCUUAAGACAAAUGAACAUGGCCCAGAGAAAUUCGCGUCGACAGGACUCUGGGCCAAUUGCCACGCAAAUUGGCGUUCCGAAGACCUGGAAUUCGGAAAAUUCGUGA